AUGUACAUUUUCAGGAGGAGCGAUUCGAUGUGCUCAGUGGUGGAACCACCACACAAGACGACAAUCAGUAGUAACAACAAUGGUGGUGAUGAGUCCUCUACUUUGGACAGCCGAAGGUCUGCCAAGACAUAUCCUCCGAGUCGGUCUCAGCAACGAAUGGAUGCAUUUCUGCAGCAGUCAUCUCAUGCGUCGGCGUCAUCGUCAUCACCAUUGAAUCAAUCCUAUCAUUCCGCCCCGUUGCGAUCACUGCCGGAACGCAGCAAUGAACCACUCGACUUUGGAAUACACCAACGAGCGGCAGAAGGGUUGCGGUAUACUGUCUAUGAUUUGGUGGCGCUUUCGGCCGAAGACAAAUCGUUUCGUCAACUCAAAUCGACGCUGCGCCAGAAUGGAGCCGUGACGAACGAAAUGCUGAAACAGGGCUUGCCGCUCUUUCUGCACAAGAACCGAAGUACCAUUUUGAGACGGUACUUUCGAGAACUCGACAAGGAACGAGCAAAAACCGAAAAGCGAAUGUCCAGAGCAUCCUUUUUGAGGGCCGAUGCCAGCAUGCGGGAUGCCAGUACCAAAAGUACCAUGAGUUUUCGAAAGUCAGCCUUUGGGUUUGCUGGGUUUCUUUGA